UCCCCAAUAUCUCAACCCUUGUGUUUUUCCUCUCUUUCUGUUUGCUGAUCAGCCAUGACAGAUAUAAAGGACUGCGGCAAUCAAAAGGGCUGCGACCAUCACCACCCCGAUGACCAGCUGCGCAAGCGGAUUUUAAUGGCCAUACUCGCCUUUGUCCUCGGUUUUGGCUUCGUCAUCUUCCUUGUCUGGGUGAUCCUCCAGCCCCACGCGCCACAGUUUAUCCUCCAAGAUGCAACAGUAUACGCAUUCAACCUUUCGGAACCCAACUUCCUGAAUGUCAACAUGCAGGUUACCCUCUCUUCCAGGAACCCCAAUGAGCGGAUCGGUAUUUUCUAUGACAGACUCGACAUCUACGCCACCUACCGUAACCAACAGAUCACAUUACCGACGCUACUGCCGUGCAGUUACCAAGGACACAAGGACAUCACUCUCUGGUCACCGUAUCUGUUGGGCAACGCGGUGCCUGUGUCGCCGCUUCUGAGUGCCGUGUUGAGCCAGGACAUGAGUACCGGGAUGGUGCUGAUGAACAUCAAAGUUGAUGGGGGGGUGAAGUGGAAGGUGGGAACGUGGAUUUCAGGGAAGUAUCACAUCAACGUCAACUGUCCUGCUUAUAUUUCCUGGGGCGAUCAUAGCAAAGGAGUGGUGCCAGUUGGACCGCCGAUCAAGUUUCAGCUCGUGCAACAUUGCACUGUGGGUGUUUCUGCUAGCUAGUUUCAGUUCAAUUAUGAUCUCUCUCCCUCACACUUAAUUGCUUUCAAGUAGUAAUUAAAUUGUUUGUCAUAUGACUUUUUUUUUUUUUUUUUAUUGUCAUCAUCAAUUAAUUAUAUGUGUCUUUUUCUUGGUUUUACUUAUAUUUUUGCCAUCACCUGUUAUUCGGGGUAAUUAAAUGAACCCCCUGUUGUGCC